AUGUUGUGCAUGCCUUCCACCUUACUUUUGCUCCUCCCCACUCUCGCCCUCGCCUCAAAAUCCUCCGGUUCCAAGUCUGCCCCAAGUGCCGGCUGCACGGGGACCAUCUCGUCCCUCGACGACGUGAGCGCGGCGCUCAACUGCCGAACCAUUAACAUCAACUCUUUCAAAAUCCCCGGUGGCAAGACACUCAACCUUAAGUCCUCGUUGGACAAUGUUGUCAUGAAUCUCCGUAAGCAUCCCGCUGACGGUCGUCUACGGCUUUGGGCUUUGUUCCGCAUCACUGGGUAUUGACUCAUGGUCUUCAUUGGGGGAAUCUCAACAGUGGGCGACCUUUAUUUCGAGGUAGAAUACUGGCAAGGGAAUCUUAUGCUCGGUGAGCUCAGUUUUUGUGUCAACAAAGAGGGGUCAGGGACCCCCCUUCUUUGUCUACUCAGGGAGGCCGAGAUUGUUACUCGACUUGGUCAUGAGGCUAACGCGUCCGGUAUGUGAACCUGCACAGUGGGCGGGAACAACUUACAAUUCAACGGUAAUGGUCACACCGUCAACGCAAAUGGAAAGGCAUACUGGUAAGUUCGGGUUCAUGCUGCGGCCGUGCGGAGAGGAUUUGCUCUCGGCCUGCUCGGCAAGGUUCGCUGACGGACCGUGAUCGAUCCCAGGGACGAGGGAGGAUCAAGCGUGAGCUCGUGGAACACAGGUGGCGUUGAUUGACCCGUCACUGACGACUCCUGAGGUGGUCCAUCGUACCGAAUGACAACAGAGCGGUAGUAAGUAGCUUAUCCAAUGGCCCUGGUUGACCCACCCAGCCAUGAGCCUGAGCUGAUAAAGCUCGAUGUUGUUGAACGGAACACCCCUGUUGAGCAGAACAGAAGCCUUCCCCUACGCUCCACAUACUUGGGAGCGGUGUAGUCCAAGAUCUCGUCAUCCUAAACACCCCCGCCCAAGCCGUCUCUAUCCAGAAUUCCGAGCCUUUGUUGGUGAGGAACGUUCUCGUCGAUAACCGUGCUGGGGAUGCCCUAGGGCGCAAGUGAGUUGCUCUCCCACUGAGGCGUCUUCCAGGUUCCACGAAGAGGACCAUUGCAGAAGAUUGUAUCUGAAGAUGCCGUCUUUCGUAAACCAUCUAGUACCGACGGGUUUGGUGUCUCCUCAUCGACCGGCCUCACCGUCAACAAUUGCACCGUGCACAAUCAAGAUGUGAGCGCGCUCCCAAGUGGGUAUCAACUCCUGGUUCUAGUACUCAACCUGACCAUUCCUCUCUCGGCUCGGCUUCAGGACUGCAUCGCCCUCAACAGUGCGAAGAACACCCUCAUCAGUUACGUCAACUGCUUCGGUGGUCACGGUAUUUCGAUCGGGUCCAUUCAGAGGUGGGUCGGCCCUUUGCGCUCUUGUGUCCGCUGUACCUACCUAAAACAGUGUUCCGUCUCAGUCCUGUAGCAAUCAGCACGUCACCGACGUGCGAGUAGAAAACUCCAGAAUCGAGGAUUCAGAGCAAUGCUUCCGAGUCAAGGCUUUCGCAAAUGUGAAGGAAGCACUGGUUCAGAAUAUUACAUACUCGGGCAACAGUGUAAGUCUUGUGGCUUCUCACUUGUGCUCGCGAUCUGUCCACUCCGAGGUUCACAAAAGAUUGAGCCUGUGGGUGAAAAUGUAGUGCAGCGGUGCGCGGAAAUUCGGGGUGCUGUUCAACCAGAGCAAGUACAAAUCCUCAAAAUAGUCCCUUGGUGCUGUCUGAGCGUCUAUCAACCCUAAUCAACCAUUUAAAAUGAUAUUUCAGACUACCAGGAACAUGCGAAGGUCGAUACGAAGACAAGUCUCAGCCAAAUUCCUUCGACCGAGAUGCAAAUCAACGACAUCAAAUUCACGGGCAUCAACAACAACAUCGAAGUCGGCCCCAGUGCAUGGCGCGUUGGCGGGACCUGUGCACUCGGGAAGUGCAACCACUGGAACUUCGCUUCCCUCAAGAUUAGCGGUGGCCUUCCCGGCAAGCUUCGCAAUACCCCUGUCGACUCCUUUGUCAGCCAUAGCUCUUCCGGUUCUGAAGGGUCAAUACCGACUGCUCCUCAGGCUGCCCCAGGAGACGAUUCCACCGACUCUUCGGAAACUUCGGAUCCUUCUUCGCAAGACAAGUCCGGUAACAGCACCGCUGGUUCUCCGACUAAUCCCGACCCCAGUGACUCGACUCCUGUUCUCGCGACUCCCCUCCCAAAGACUCACCAAGACCCCAAGCCCUCGCAGUCACACCGACCCAAGUCCAAGCAUCACGGCCACCACCAAGGUCACGGUUCGCACACACACAUCCAGAUUUCUGCGCCUCGCUAG